UGAUAAUAAAUGGAAUAAAUGGAGAGAUAAAUGACUAAAUGUGGCAUAUUCAUGUCUUCCCCCACACCGUUUUUUCUUUGGAAUCAAAGGACUGGGCUAGGGUUGCUUUCGCUUCUGCAUUCUCGAUCGCCAAGGAAUCUUCUGCCUUCCAUCGUAACAAGAAAAUGGUGAGAAGGAAGAUACCGAUCAAGAAGAUCGACGACGUAACUGCGAGGCAGGUGACAUUCUCAAAGAGGAAGAGUGGUCUUUUCAAGAAGGCACGUGAGCUCUCUCUUCUCUGUGAUGCUGAGAUAGCACUCAUAGUCUUUUCACCUGGUGGCAAGCUCUUCGACUAUGGUAGUUCAAGUAUGCAGAAGGUAAUUGAAAGGCAUAUUUUACGGUCAGAGCUUAACCUUGAAAAAUUAGACCAGUCGUGUCCUACGGAGCAGGUGAGAUGUAAUUAUGCUGAUUUGAACAAGGAAUUUGCAGACAGGACUCGUGAAAUGAGACAACUGAAUGGAGAAGAACUGCAAGGAUUGACCCUAAGGGAACUUCAGAAAUUAGAAGAACGACUUGACUCAUCCUUGAACCGUGUUUAUAAAGCGAAGGUUGAAAAUUUUAUAAAAGAGAUCGGUAUUCUUAAGGAAAAGGGAAAAAAACUCAUGGAAGAUAACAUGCUGAUAAAACAGAUGAUAAAAUUACCGAGGAAUGAAAUAUGUUCGGUCCAGAGACAUGAGCAUGAACAAGGCCAGCUCUUUGACACCUCCCUCACGUUGGGGCUACCUUUUCCUGCUGGCUCAAAGUAGAGUUUCUGAGCAAUGAGGGGACCAUGAUGCUGCGUUUUAAUUAGUGUGAAAACUGAAAAGGAAGAGUGAAUCACCAAGGAUAAAAUGGUUCACGUAUGUUCAAGUAUAAUAGAUUCUAGUAAUUCAUGUUUGUUAUUAGUGGGACCGUAAUGGAUAUGGUUUAGCUAUGAUAUUAUUUCAAAAGCAUAUGUUUAGACUGAUUGCUUUGUAUCAUUUAUAGGUUUAAGAGUUAAUUAUGUACAUGAUAACCCAAUUGAACACCAUUGACAUUUAGGAAGUCAUGAUUUGCACUAGUUAUGCAUCAUUGUUGCAUAAUUGUAUGCACAAAUAGAUCUCGUUAAUGCUAAUAACUAGUUUACCUUAA